CCCCCUCAUCAACAUUGGUGAAACUGAUGAAAACAUAAAAUCAUGGAGAUGAAGGUACUGGUGCUUCUGCUGUUCCUUCAAAGUUUAACUACUUCCAUCGAAACCACUACUACAGCUAAAACACACAGGGUCGUCCUCUCGCACCCUCAUUUCCAACAUCUUGACGUGAAACAAAGCAUUGAAGAAACCAAACUGAUCAUCAACUUAACCCGACAGGCGGAGAUUACAAGGGACCAAAAACCUGGGAAGCUCAGGCUAAUUCACAGAGACAAAAUGAUGAGUUUGCAUCACCAAGACCAUGGUCGGCGUUUCACUGAUCGAAUGAGAAGAGAUGUGAAACGGGUGGCUUCUCUGACUGGACAACCCAGUUACGAGGCUGAGGCAUUCGGGUCGGAUGUUGUUUCGGGUAUGGAAGAAGGAAGUGGUGAGUACUUCGCUAGAAUUGGAGUUGGAAGCCCUCCGAGAAGUCAGUACGUUGUGAUUGACUCUGGGAGUGACGUUAUGUGGCUCCAGUGUCAACCCUGCGACCAGUGUUUCCGCCAAUCCGACCCGGUAUUCAACCCGGCUGAUUCCGCCUCCUUUGCCGGAGUCUCGUGCUCCUCCAUCGCCUGCAACCGCCUGGAGAAUGCAUAUGCAGGGUGUAGUCAAGAAGGUCGGUGCCACUACGCGGUGUCAUACGGUGACGGGUCCUACACCAAAGGGACGCUCGCACUGGAAACCAUCACCAUGGGUCGGACCACGAUCCAAAACGUGGCAAUCGGGUGCGGGCAUAAGAACCAAGGCAUGUUUGUCGGAGCGGGUGGGUUGUUAGGUCUUGGAGGCGGGUCCAUGUCUUUCGUGGGUCAGCUAGGUGGUCAAACGGGUGGUGCAUUUAGCUAUUGUUUAGUAAGUCGGGGCACUGGAUCAUCAGGGUCGAUCCAAUUCGGACGAGAAUCCAUGCCGGUUGGAGCUUCAUGGGUUCCUCUCGUCCAUAAUCUACAGGCCCCAAGUUUCUACUAUGUGGGGCUUUCGGGUCUUGGAGUCGGAGCCUUGCAAGUACCCAUAUCAGAAGAUAUUUUCCGACUAACAGAACAAGGUGAUGGGGGCGUCAUCAUGGACACCGGCACGGCCGUCACGAGGCUUCCCGCCACAGCAUAUAAUGGAUUCCGGGAUGCUUUUAUUGCUCAAACCACCAACCUUCCCCGGGCAUCCAGAGCAUCUAUUUUCGACACAUGUUAUAACUUGAACGGGUUUGUGUCGGUUCGGGUUCCAACCGUAUCCUUCUAUUUCACGGGUGGGCUGAUCCUGACGCUGCCAGCCCGAAACUUCUUAAUUCCCAUUGACAAUGUCGGGACUUUCUGUUUUGCGUUUGCCCCUUCUCCUUCAAGGCUUUCGAUCAUAGGGAACAUUCAACAAGAAGGGAUCCAAAUCUCAGUGAAUGGAGCUAGCGGGUUUGUGGGUUUCGGACCCGAUGUAUGUUAAGUAAUUAAUUAUUACAGUAUAUAUAUUUAUCUAGUCUUAGUUCGAUAUAA